AGAGCAAAAAAAGGAAACAGCUUUGUUCUAUAAAUACAGAUCUUCUCCUCCUUUCUGAUAACUGAAUAUAUAAAGCUUCGCCAGAGCUUCUUUUUCUCGGGCGCCAAGCAAAAACUAAGAAAAUUCCUUUUUUCUUUCUUAACAAAUUUCUUGAAAACUAUUGUUUAAUUAAUGUUUCGUUAAGAAAUCUCGAAUUUCUAUCAGUUUUCCAGUUUCAAGAUCCGCUUUUUCUCCAUUUUCGAAUAUAUUAAGGAAAAAAUUCAGGGUUUGAAUUUUGAAAGAAAAAAAAGUUUUUUUUUUCCAGCAAAGGUUUUUUUUUUUCAAUCUUAAGGCUCUGUUUGGUGGCUCAUAGCCGAAUUUUGUAACAAAUGGUAGUAAAAGUAGCAGCAAAUUUGCAUUUACAGUUAUCAGAGCCAAACCUUACCCACUCGUCGGCGGUAAUCCCUUCACCUUCAUUUCCAAAACGGUGCCGUACCGACGCCGUCCUUGUUUCAAAGACCGUUAACCGGUCUACUCUUUUCGGUUCACGUUCCGCCAUUAUCAACCGGUCUAAAUCCUCUGAAAUUUUCAAACCGAAACAUAAAGCUUCUUCACCAAUUGCUUGUAUACACUACUUAUCAGACGAUGAAUUUUCAAAGAGAAUUAAAGACUCAGCCCUCAGAUUCCACUUACACGACGGCGAUGAAAGAUCCGACGACGAAGAAGAUAGCUUCGAUAAUGAAUUACAGUGGGGGGAAUCGGCUUGUUGUUCAAUGAAAAAGGCGUUUUCAUCGACGGUAUUUAUAAUCCGUGAGCUCCAUAGUUACACUUUACAAAUGCGUGAAUCAUUGUUAUACGAAGAUUUACAUGGAAUUUUCAUUAGAGUUCAAAACGAGAUCCAUGCUUCGUUCCUCUGGUUGUUUCAACAAGUGUUUUCUCGUACACCCACUUUAAUGAUUUACGUGAUGAUAUUGUUAGCGAAUUUCUCUGUUCGUUCUAUGGUAAACAACGCCGCUUUGGCGGCAGAAACGGCGGUGAAUCCGACGAUGGGGUCUUAUUCUUAUGUUCCUUCCGGUGAAGUUCGAGGCAAGGAGCAAACGAAGUUUGAUUCUUUGCAGCUACAGAAUGGGAAAACUGGUGGUGGUAGAGGCGGUGGGGGAAAAGCGAGACCGGUUGCUUGUGGUGGUGAUGAAUGGUUUGAUGAAACAGAGUGGGAACCGAGUGAAGAAGAGUUGAGUCAUCGGAACUCGAUCGUUGAUGGAACGCAUUGUAGGACAGAGCUUGUUUACAAAAAGGGAUUAUCACAAGAACCUAAUAAUCCUCUCCUCCUUGCUAAUUAUGCUCAGUUUCUCUACCUUGUUGUUCAUGAUUAUGACAGAGCAGAAGAGUUGUUCAAGAAAGCAAUACAAGUGGAACCGGUAGACGCUGAAGUACACAAUAAAUAUGCGAUUUUUUUAUGGAAAGCGAAGAAGGAUUUGUGGGCAGCGGAGGAAAAUUUCUUGAAAGCCAUUGAAGUUGAUCCUAAUAACUCAUAUUAUCCGGCGAGCUACGCUGAUUUUCUAUGGAGCACCGGUGGGGAAGAUACUUGUUUCCCUCUUGGUUCAUCGGAUAGUAUUGCUUAAGAAGCAAUGGCCAACACCCUGUCUUUUCUUUCUUUUUCUGGAAUUUUGUUUGGAUAAAUGAAAACCUUUCUUUCCCAAUGACUUCAGGUUUGAUUUUAUUGUACCAAUCCAUGUGAGAAAAUGUAAUUAGUAAUAAUAUAUUUUGUUAAUACCAUUAGAUUGAAUUUACAAAUAA